AUGUCCGCUGUGGCGUUGGCGAGAUGUUUGCAGGACGUCUCCACUGGGGGGCUGGGAGCGUGGGCACUUGGUACUGCUCCUCACGGCAACGUGCAAUGGAGGUCCCGGGCUGCGGCCAGGAGCAGGUGGGGGCAUGGCGGGCACCUGGAGCCGGACCCACCUGUGGAAGCUGGAGGGGAUGAGCGGCCCAAGUGGGACAACAAGCUCCAGUGCCUCCUGAGCUGCGUCGGGUUUGCCGUGGGCCUGGGCGACCUCUGGAGGUCCCCGUACCUGUACCAGCCCUACGGGGAGUUUCUUAGCGGAUUGGCCUGGUGUGUGCUGCACCCAGCACCCCCGGGCUGGUGGAGCGCGGGGUGGGGGGGGCUCUCCGAGAUCCACCAGCGGGCUGCCGUGCACAGCGGGCCCCCCGACGGGGCUGCGUGCUCCACGUCACCAGCUCGCCAAGGGCUCACCCACAAGAUGCCCCCCUCAGAUGCCAAUCUGGAGCAGCGGGUCCCCAGGGGCUCCCUGGGGCCCCAACUCAGCCUCCAAACACCGGAUUGUGACACGCAAAGCCAGACGGAAGCUGUGCUGGUGAAGAACACAGGGGCCUGUGGGGCGUGCAAGUGGCUCUUGGAAGCUGAAUCCAAGCUUCCUGCAGACAGCGUGGGGAGGACGCAGCCGACCGACCUCGUUGGCCAGGGGCUGACGCUGAGCCGCUCCGUGGGGUCACCUGGACCUGUGCGGGGGGCGGGGGGCAGCUGCCGUCGGUCCUGGAGCAUCGACGUGCCCACACAUGCCGGUCUGACGCGCACAGCUGGCGGGGACCCGGAGGGAAGGGCCCUCAGGCGAGACGCCAACAUCGCCGACUCCGUGCUGGGGAGCCUGGCCGGGCAGACGGCGCCGCUGGCUGACCGCCGCCUCUUUUCAGACACCUUCCUCGUCCCCUACCUCAUCGCGGCCCUCGAGGGCAGCCGCUUCCACAUCGAGCUCACCAUUGGCCAGCGCCUGCGCAGGGGCAGCCUCGUGUGGAUGGCCAUCUCGCCCUACCUCGACGCGGUCCUGGCCGGCGCGCGCUGCGACGCGGUCCUGGCCGGCGCGCGCUGCGACGCGGUCCUGGCAUGGGUGCUGUGGUACCUCCCCAGCUCCUCCCACCCGCUGCCCUGCAGUGCCUGCCCGCCGGACCUCAACCACACGGGCACUGCUCUCGGGGGGGAAUGCCGGGACAGCAGCGCUGUGAGCCUCUUCCGGUACCGGCAGACACUAAACGUCACGGCCGACACCAACGACAGUGGCUCUGUCCAGUGCUGGCUGCGGGUCUGCUUGACGGCCUCCUGGGCCAUGGUGUACCUGUGCGUCAUCAGAGGCACUGAGACCACUGGGAAGGCAAUUUUCAUGGCCUCGUUCCCGCACCUGCUCCUCUCGGUUUUCCUCAUCAGAGGACUCACCCUGCCUGGGGCGACCGAAGGAUGGACCUACCUAUUCGCGCCCGACAUGCAGGUCCUGCAGAGCCCCCGGCUGUGGCUGGAUGCAGCCACCCAGAUACUCUUUCCUCUGUCCCUGGCCUUCGGAGGACACAUCACUUUUGCAAGUUACAACCCGCCCAGGAACAACUGUACGAGGGGCGCGGUGACCAUCGCCCUGGUCAACGGCAUGACCUCCCUCUGUGCGCCCAUUACUGUCUUCUCUGUCCUGGGGUUCAAGGCGGCCAGCGACCACGGGCGCUGACUGGAUGGGGGAGCACGAAACAUCCGCUGCCUCGUCAACGCCUUCGAUCUCCCCGACCAGAGCAUCUCCAGGGAGGACUACGCGGCUGCCCUCGCGCACCUUGACUCCACCUGGCCCGAGCGGGUGGGGCUCCCCCUGGAGGCCUGCUGCCUGGAGGACUUCCUGGAUAAGCUACCCCAGGGGCUGCGGCCAGGCUGCAGGUGGCUGCAGGCGCGCCCCCACGUGCCGGGGGCCCCCGUUUGGGCCGUGCUCUUCUCAGUGAUGCUGUUCAGCCUGGGCCUGACGUCCACGCUCAGGAACACGGAAAGCGUCGUCACACCACUCCUGGACUUGAAGGCCACGCCCAGAUGGGUCCCCAAGGAGGGCUGGCCCGCCUGCUUCACGCUGCGGGCGGGAAACUACUGGCUCGAGACCUUUGACCGCUACGUCGCUUCCCUGGACCUGAACCUCUUCGCGUUCUCCGGGGUGGCUGGUGUCAUUUACGUUUAUGGGAUGAAACGGUUCUGUGACGACAUAGCGUGGAUGAGUGCGCGGCCCGGCCUCUACUGGCAGGCGACCUGGAAGGCUGUCAGCCCCCUGCUGCUGCCGACCACCUUUGUGGCCUACAUUGCCCUCCUGGCCAGCUCACCCCGGGGCGAGGCCUGGAACCCCCAACACGGCCACGUGGGCUGCUUGUGCUCUGAGACCCCAGAUCCCCAGAUCCCCGAUGUCCCCGGGGGCAACGGGGCGUGGCUUCAGGCCACACUUGCCCAGCGCCGCGGGAUGGGCUCUGCAGACGCCCAGCCGGGCCGCAGACUAGAAACCGCCGCCGAGCCGGUCAGAGCCACAGCUCCCCUCGGGCAGGAGCAGGCCUGCCCGGGCUGGGUGCGGGCCACCUGCGCGCUCCUGUCCUCCCUGCCUGCACUGUGGGUCCCGCUGGCCCCGCUGCUCACCCGGCACAGACAGAAGCGGCAGCACAGGCGUCCGAAGCUGCACGGCGACCAGCUCGCGGCACAGCCCAGCGCCGACACUGCAGUCCACGCGCUUCCCCAGAUGGGGGACAGCCCGCCGUCUGCCUCCUGGGCCCUGCGGCGGGCCAGGCGCUGUACCCGGCGACUCCACGGGCAAACAACUGGGGUGCCGACAGCCAGGCCAGCGCCAGAGGUCAGCUCUACGGCGCUGGGCACUGGAUACACGGGCUUGCUUCCAGCCCCCAGCCCCGCCGCCUCACUCAAGGAGACCCUUGUGUGUCCUUGUAUCCUGCUGGGAACACGUCCCGCUAAGCUCCAGUCCCAGGCGGGGCCAACGCUGUCCGUGGUCCUGAACCACCCCCAGCUGACAAGUGCCACGGUGUGGCCAGGCAUGCGUGAGGGGGCCCUCCUCGCCCUCGGCAGCCCAGACCCCAGCAAACAGAAGCACGUGCACUACGGCCCACCUAAGAGGAGCUGA